AUCGAAGUAUCCCCCCCCAUUCUCUUCCAACAUCAACAACGGCGGCCGACAACUCAUCAACGCGAUCCCCGACGAAAAAACCGUUGACCACUAAAUAUCCUUGCCAUCCCAAUUGAUUCUUAGUAGUACUAUCUAACAACUGCAACACCAUCGAGUCCGAAAUAGAGCAAUUCUUUCGAAUAGCACUCGUUCAAUACAUACACACUUUCAAAGAAAUAUCUACGAAGCAGCUUCGAAGGUUAGGAGRAACGACURGUGGACAGCAAGGAACAAACGARCACCAACAAAAAACAAGCARAUACUAUGAAAUCACCAGCGUCCUCGGCUUCCAUCGGGAUCAUGUUUCUAGCCAGCACGACAAUAUCGCAGCGUUUGGCAACCGCGUUCUUGGCUCCCGCCAUUACCACAAAGAGCAGCAGCUCRGCRCGGGGAGCAGCAGCAGCAGCCUUGCGCACCUCGACCAGAUUGUUCGCCGACGGCGGCCGUGUGUCGGCGUCUGUCCAGGACAAGAACGUAYUCGAAAAGACGGGGGGCAAAAAGAAGAAGAAGMAGCAGCCGAAACUCGACACCAAUCCACCCAAGGGCACCCGGGACUUCUACCCGGAAGACAUGCGGCUGCGCAACUGGCUCUUCGACCAGUGGAGGGACGUCGCCAAGCAAUACGGAUUCUCGGAGUACGAUGCCCCCGUUYUGGAGAGCGAGUCGCUGUACACCCGCAAGGCAGGUGAGGAAGUUACGCAGCAACUCUACAACUUUGAGGACAAGGGAGARCGACGUGUCGCGCUGCGGCCGGAAAUGACGCCAAGCCUGGCUCGAAUGGUCAUGGCCAAGAAGGGCGGCCUACCUCUUCCCCUGAAGUGGUUCUCUAUUCCCCAGUGCUGGAGGUACGAGCGCAUGACCCGGGGACGCCGGCGGGAGCACUUUCAGUGGAACAUGGACAUCUGGGGCAUUGCGGGAGAGGAAGCCGAUGCCGAGCUCCUCAGUGCGAUGGUCACCUUUUUCGAGAGCGUGGGUCUKACCAGCGAGGAYGUGGGCAUCAAAGUAAACUCCAGACUCGUCAUCGGUGAGGUCUUGACCGAGCUAGGCAUYCCCGAGGAAAAAUUCGCGGCCACCUGUGUGCUGGUCGACAAGCUCGAAAAGGUUCCACUCGACGCYAUYCAGGGAGACCUCGAAGAAAUCGGCCUCGAYCGCAGCGUAGUCGAGAAAUUGACCGGAGUCCUGACGGUCGAUUCCGUCGAAGGCAUCCGCGAAGUCCUCGGGGAAGAUUCGGAGGCCGUCCAGCAGAUUGCGAAUUUGUUGGAACUCUGCAAGGCCUACGGCAUCGACGACUGGAUCAUCUUCGACGCGUCGGUAGUUCGCGGACUUUCGUAUUACACGGGGGCCGUCUUUGAAGCCUUCGAUCGAAAGGGUGUACUCCGGGCCAUUGCCGGGGGUGGUCGCUACGACAAGCUUUUGGAGACCUUUGGAGGCCAACCGACACCGGCCGCCGGUUUUGGAUUCGGAGAUGCCGUCAUUGUCGAGUUGCUGAAGGACCGAGACCUCCUCCCCUCUUUYGAAUCGAGCGGAAUCGAUACGGUYGUUUUUGCCAUGGGAGCAGACMUAUACCCGGCCGCCAUUGACGUUGCUUCCACGCUGCGAAAAUCGGGCCAAAAGGUCGAGCUCGUGCUGGAAARAACAAGAAAGCCAAAAUGGGUYUUUAAGCAUGCGGAUCGCCUCGGUGCCAAGUACUGUGCCAUUAUUGGAAACGAAGAAUUCGAAAACAAASAAGUGCAAAUCAAGGACCUUGCAACUGGUGAGCAAGAAAAGGUUGCUAUGGAUGCAUUGUCAGUCUGGUCGGAGGACGCCUAAACACGACAAUUCGUUUUGGCGCAACGCAUAAUCCCAACAUAGCAAUUCACAAUUUAUCUUCAACAAAGUUUUUAUAAUAGAGAGAUUAUCUACAG